UAUUUAAGUGGAAAUAGCUUUAACUUUACAGGCCAAGGAAUGGUGCUGAAUUAAAAGAGUGGGCCUGGAAAGCAGGGAAACAAGGAAAAGACAACUAGGCCUGAUUGGGUUGCGCUUCCUGCUAAUGCCCGUCAGAUGGCGCUGUUCUCCCCCCUUUUUUUUUUUCCUUCCCUUCAGUUGUUUGAGUUUGAGCUUUGGCUGCAUGGGAUGAGCACAGGCACGGCAGAGCCGUUCAAGCAGAUGAUCCCCGCUGCGUGUUUUGGGAAGCUUCAUUCCCUCCCAGCCCCGAGCGGCACCGCGCGGCUCCGCUGCUCGGUCGUCGGGGCUUCCCCUCGAGGGUGAUGGGUCGGCUGCGGCGCGCGCUCGCCCCUUCCCUUUCGGCCGUUCUGAAGACAUGUCCAGAGACGGCAUGACGGCCGUGCGAGGAGCCCGCGGCGCGAGCGCCGGCGCCUCCGCGGCGGGGUGGCCCAAAGAGAACGGCCACGCCGCGCCGCGUCCCCCUCCGCCCGCCGCCCGCUUUUCUCGCUCCUCUGCAGGGAACACGCCCGGAGAUGACGCUCCGGCCACGCCGUCGGCCGCCGGCGAGCUGACGCAGACGUUGGUGCAGUUCGCCAAGACCUUUGUCCUCAUUUUCCCCAUUUACGCGCUGGGCUACUUUGAGUUCAGCUUCAGCUGGAUGCUGAUCGGGCUCGUGGUUUAUCUGUGGUGGCGGAAAAUCGCCGGAGGGAAGCGCGGCCGCCUGAGCCGGGCUUUGGCGUUCUUUGAGCGGGAGGAGGAGAGCCCCGUGCCGGGCGUCAGCACCUCGGACCUGCCGCCGUGGGUCCACUUCCCGGACGUGGAGCGAGUCGAGUGGCUCAACAAGACGGUGAAGCAGAUGUGGCCGUACAUCUGCAAGUACGUGGAGAAGCUGUUCCGCGACACGGUGGAGCCAGCGGUUAAGGAGUCCAACGCUCACCUCAGCACCUUUCGCUUCAGCAGGAUCGACAUGGGAGACAAACCUCUAAGGGUCAACGGGGUGAAGGUUUACUCCGAGAACGUGGACCGACGACAGAUCGUCAUGGACCUACAAAUCAGUUUUGUAGGCAACACAGAGAUCGACGUGGACAUCAAACGCUACUACUGCAAAGCGGGAAUCAAGAGCAUUCAGAUUCACGGCGUGUUGCGUGUGCUGAUGGAGCCGUUGCUGGGCGACGUGCCGCUCGUCGGAGCGCUUUCUCUGUUCUUCCUCAAGAAGCCUCUUCUCGACAUCAACUGGACGGGCCUCACGAACGUACUGGACAUUCCCGGGCUCACCGGCCUCUCUGACAGUCUAAUUCAAGACAUCAUCUCGUCCUAUCUGGUCUUGCCCAACCGGAUCACCAUCCCGCUGGUUGGAGACGUAGAGCUGGCCGAGCUUCGCUUUCCCAUGCCGAAGGGAGUUCUUCGGAUCCACUUCUUGGAAGCCCAGGAUCUGGAGGGCAAGGAUAAAUUCCUGGGCGGGCUCAUCAAAGGAAAGUCGGACCCGUACGGCAUUCUGCAAGUCGGCAAUCAAGUCUUCCAGAGCAAGACCGUCAAGGAGAGCCUUCACCCCAAAUGGAACGAAGUGUACGAGGCCUUCGUUUACGAGCACUCGGGUCAGCAUCUGGAGAUUGAGUUGUUUGACGAGGAUCCCGACAAAGACGACUUCCUGGGAAGUCUUAUGAUCGACAUGACCGAGCUGCACAAAGAACAGAAGGUCGAUGAGUGGUUUGACCUCGAGGAGGCUCCGACGGGGAAGCUUCACUUGAAACUGGAGUGGCUGUCUCUGCUUUCCACGCCAGAGAAGCUGGAGCAGGUGCUGCGAAGCGUGCGAGCCGACAGGAGCCUGGCCAAUGACGGCCUGUCGUCGGCACUGCUGGUCGUCUAUUUGGACUCGGCGAAGAACCUGCCGAGCAUCUUCAGCGGCAGUUUAGGCUGCGGCAAUUUAAGCGAGAGACGAGCGUCCGGCCUGGUGUUUUGCGAGAGCAGCAGCUCGGAGUGUCGCACCAUCGGCUCGGCAAAGAAGAGCAGCAGCGAGCCGAGUCCGUUCGUCCAGUUGACCGUGGGGCACAAGACCCAAGAGAGCAAGAUCCGCUACAAAACCAAGGAGCCUUUGUGGGAGGAUUCCUUCUGCUUUCUGGUGCACAAUCCGAGGAGGCAGGAGCUGGAAGUGGAGGUGAAAGACGACAAGACCAAGUGCACCUUGGGUAAUCUGACCGUGCCCUUGAGUGGCCUCCUGGCCGAAGAGGACAUGACUCUGGCGCAGUGCUUCCCGCUCAAGAACUCGGGUCCCAGCUCCAGCCUCAGAUUUAAAAUGGCCUUGCGGAUCUUAUCACUGGAGAAGCAGGUCACCUCAGACCAGCCUUCUUCAGUCCGGGUCCGCAAGUCCAGUUUACCGCAAGCGUCCGCAUCGACGAGAGCGUCCACCUCCGACUCGCCGCCGCCGCAAUGCCCCACGCCGCCGCCGGCCCACGCCUCUUCCCUCACGCUGCAUCACCGCGACGGCGAGCCGUACGCCGCCGGCCCCCCGCGCAGCGCCUCCAGCCUGUGCGUCAGCAUGUCGCCCUCGCAGAAGCACCUGGCCCACAAGGAGUCCACGCCCAGCCUGGUCUCGGACAUCUCGCUGCCGUUCGCCGCCCUGGAGCUGCAGCAGAGGCUGCGGCAGCUGCACAACGGCUCCAGCUCCAGCCAGUUCCCCCUGGGGGAGGUCCACCUGACCGUUCGACACAGCACCCAGCGGAACAAGCUGAUCGCGGUGGUGCACGCCUGCCGAAAUUUACUCGCCUUCUCCAAAGACGCCUCGGACCCCUUCGUCCGCCUCUACCUGCUGCCUGACAAGAGCCGCACGGGCAGGAGGAAGACCGUCACCGCGAAAAGGACCCUCAGCCCCGUCUACGAUCAGACCUUUGAGUUUAGCGUGUCGACCGUGGAGCUCCACCGGAGAACUUUGGAUGUUGCCGUAAAGAACGCGGGGAACAUCUUGUCCAAACACAAAGGCCUCUUGGGGAAGGUGCUGGUUAACCUAAGCGGCGAAGAUAUAGCGAAAGGAUGGACGCAGUGGUACGAGCUGAGUGAAGACGGUUUGUCGUCGCAAAGGAGCGUCCAAGACCCACAGUGACCCUGUUGUGGUGAUUUUAAUCAUUUCAUUUAUGUACUGUACAUUUCUGUCCCAUAUGAUCAUUUCAGCAUGCGUUUUACGAUUAUUUCCCCCAUACCGACUGUCGUCCCAGCGUCAUAUUGUAAAAUAUUGUAAUGUAAUCAUAAUGGAAGGUCUUGCCGCUGUUUGUGAUGUUGUUUGUACGUAAUUUAGCAGGGCAUUAAAAAAAAAAAACAAAAAAAGUGACAACAUUUUUACCAAAGGAGCUGAAUGAUCCCCACAAGUUGGCCGAGUAGCAGUCGUGUUUAUGUUUUUUUUUUGUUUUUUUUUUUUUUGUCCUGCAGUGGAUGCCUUGACUUUUGUUAUUUAUUUACUUCGAGUUCAAACGUGAAAUGCACAUCAAAUUGAAUGCUUUGUGUAUUUUUCCGUGGACUCCGUGCAAUAUUUUUGUUUGGUUUUCGGACAUGCAUGAUCUCCACGGCGAGGACCUUUAACGGGCAUUUUAUAAGGUUGCAAAAGAUGUAGAAAAAAAAUUAUAUCUAUACUUGAAUUUGGAGUUUGAAGGUGAUUUAGAGCAGAUGUGACAACAGACUAGAGACAACUGUUCACGUUUUAUUUUAUUUUAUUUUAUUAUUUUUUUAAUAUGCAGGCCUGCCAACAAGCUAAUGAUAAUAAAACAAAGCUUUAUGUUUGUUUUGCCAUGCACUAAAACUGUGUUUGUUGGAGCUUUUUAUCUAUCAUGUGCCUUAAAAUAAUCGAAAAAAACAACAACCUCACCACAGUGUAAUUUUUGCCUUCUUAAAAUUAUUGAUUUUGAAUGACGUGUGGCUUUCUGAUGAAUAAAUUGUUUCUUGUUGACUUUU